AUGACCAAGCUCGGCCUCGAGGCCAAGGACCUGGAGCCAACCCGGACGAUUUUCCACAGCAUCGUUUCUGGCUUCUCCUGCUCCCCGAUCGGCCGGAUCCGGCUCGACCUAUUCGGCGACAGCAGCCACUUCCGACGCGAGCCGAUCUGGUUCGAGGUGGUGGACCUGUCCAGCGCGUAUCAUGCGCUGCUGGACCGGCCCGCGCUCGCCAAAUUCAUGGCAGUUCCCCACUAUGCCUACCUGAAGAUAAAGCUGCCGGGUCCGAAGGGCCUCAUCACCGUCACCGAUGACUACCGCAAGUCCAUAGAGUCCGCCCGAGACGGCGCCAAGCUGGCCGAGUCGCUGGUUGUAGCCGAGGAGCGGCGCCAGCUCGACCGGAUCGUUGCCUUGGCCCAAGAGGCGUCGACCGCACCGAUCCCGGCCGAGGACCCGGCCGACAAGACCUCGUUCAAGCCCUCCAAGGAGACCAAGAAGGUGAAGCUAAACCCGGAAGAUCCCAGCUGUAGCAAGUACGUUGUCAUGGGCAGCCGGCUCGACAACAAAUAG